AUGGAGGAAUUCCUCUCUGACCUGGAGAGUGUCACUGGACCACUCAUUUCCAGUGAUCUCUACUCCACCAACGACAAUGUCAAUCACUACUUCAAUGUGAGGGAUGAGUCCAAUGGUAGUGUUGCAAAUGUCGAUUGUGUACACGUUGGAGUCGUCAAUGACAUUGUUCAACCUCCAAACGAUGAAUAUAAUCAGGCUAAAGCAGCACUGACCUCCACCGAUCCAGAACCAAUGAAAAUUGGACAACUCAACUUCACCAGUCCCCACUCUGUGAACAACAAUGACUACAAUUAUAUAUUGCAGCCCACCUACUUUCCCCAGGCCUUGCCUUUGACCAACGUGAACAUCCCGAUUUCAAAUGUCAACAACAACAACAUCUCACUACCUCCAUGUUCGAUGGAGUUGGGGAACAUCAUAAAUCAAUAUUCCCCUAAUAUUCAACACUACCUACAACAACAACAACAUCAAUGGAGUGCCCAUCCAGCAAAUCCACCACAAAUGUACCCUCCAACCCAAUCACUUCAGAGCAUCACCAUACUCAAACAGUACAACUGCCAACUUAGAAUUACGUUGGAACCAAUAUAUCCCUACCAAUCAAACACGUAUCCAACAAAUGAUCAAGUAUCUUUCAAUGCUCACCAACAAUGGAUUGCAUCCGCCGCCACCACUGCCACUGCAAGUACCGCCACCCCAAUGACCAUUUGCCAGAACGCCUCUACCGCAAUGCACAUAUAUCCGCAGGUCUCAACUGCCACCUCUUCCUCCCCAACGGAUAUAUGUCCAGAGAUCACCACCGUCGGCACAUUGACUCUUUACCCUCAGGUAUCAACAGCUUCAACUUCAAUGACCCCUGUACACAUGGUCACCAAGGUUAAGAAGGUGUUUUGUUGGGAUUUCCUUUGGAUGAAUAUGAGUGAUGCCUCCUUGAUUCUCAAGGAUAACGUUUCCAAGUUUAAACAGAUUAGGGACAGAUCUGUUGAAUCAACUAUGGAGAUUAAUGAAUUCAUAUUCUCCAUAAAUGCUACUGCCAAGUUUUUGGCUCUCUCGGAUACCAAAAGGAAUAAUUAUCUUGACACCCUAAGAGAGGCGGAGAUUAAGAGGAAGGAGGAGAAUAAGAAGAUUGCUCCCAACUCAAACGACAGACAAGACAAAGGUGCAUCCUUAUGGAAGAUGAAUAGAUUCUACGGUCCUAGGCUUGAGCUCUGGAUGUUGGAGAUAUUCAUUAAGGAUGACCAUAAGACCAAUAACCCAAUUUUUAUUGCUUUAUGGGAGGCCCUCAAGGUUAGAGAGCUCUUGAAGAAAGUACCUAAAGGCCAGAAGAAAAAGCAACAUAAUAUAUGGCCCAAACGUGGAGGUAUUGAUAAGUUUAUGGAUUCAUUCUCUAACCAAAUACUCUUUGAUGUCUUUAAGUCGUUGUUUGAUGGUGGUUUGGACAUUGACGAGGUUCCAUUAGAGACGAAUAUCAUUCUUUUGUUGGAACAUCUGGGAUUCAAAAGCAUGUAUGGUUUCUAUGCUUAUGCCAACUACAAGAUGAACCAAUGCCAGCAUAGGGAGGAAUAA